AUGGACGUGGACGUGGACGUGGACGACGUGGACGUGGACGUGGACGUGGACGUGGACGUGGACGUGGACAUGGACGUGGACGUGGACGUGGACAUGGACGUGGACGUGGACGUAGACGUGGACGUGGACGUGGACAUGGACGUGGACGUGGAUGUGGACGUGGAGGACGUGGACGUGGACGUGGACGUGGACGUGGACGUGGAGAACUUGGACGUGGACAUGGACGUGAACGUGGACGUGGACGUGGACGUGGAGGACUUGGACGUGGACAUGGACGUGGACGUGGAGUGGACGUCGACGUGGACUGGACAUGGAAUGGACGUGGACGUGGACAUGGACGUGGACGUGGACGUGGACGUGGACGUGGUCGUGGACGUAAAGGACGUGGACGUGAACGUGGACGUGGACGUGGAGAACUUGGACGUGGACAUGGACGUGAACGUGGACGUGGACGUGGACGUGGACAUGGACCUGGACAUGGACGUGGACGUGGACAUGGACGUGGACGUGGACAUGGUCAUGGACGUGGACGUGGACGUGGACGUGGACGUGGACGUGGACGUGGACAUGGACGUGGACGUGGACGUGGACGUGGACGUGGACAUGGAUGUGGACAUGGACGUGGACGUGGACGUGGACAUGGACGUGGACAUGGACGUGGACGUGGACGUGGAGGUGGACGUGGACGUGGAGUGGACGUGGAACGUGGACGUGGACGUGGACAUGGAGGUGGACGUGGAGGUGGACGUGGAGGCGGACGUGGAGGCGGACGUGGAGGCGGACGUGGACGUGGACGUGGACGUAGACAUGGACGUGGACGUGGACGUGGACGUGGACGUGGACGUGGACGUGGAGGUGGACCUGGAGGUGGACGUGGAGGUGGACGUGGACGUGGACAUGGACGUGGACAUGGACGUGGACGUGGACGUGGACAUGGACGUGGACAUGGACGUGGACGUGGACGUGGACGUGGACGUGGACGUGGAGUGGACGUGGAUGGACGUGGACGUGGACGGGGACGUGGACGUGGACGUGGACGUGGACGUGGACAUGGACGUGGACAUGGACGUGGACGUGGACGUGGACGUGGACAUGGACGUGGACGUAGACGUAGACGUGGACGUGGACGUGGACAUGGACGUGGACGUGGACGUGGACGUGGACGUGGAGGACGUGGACGUCGACGUGGACGUGGACGUGGACGUGGAGAACUUGGACGUGGACAUGGACGUGAACGUGGACGUGGACGUGGACGUGGAGGACUUGGACGUGGACAUGGACGUGGACGUGGAGUGGACGUGGACGUGGACGUGGACUGGACGUGGAGUGGACGUGGACGUGGACAUGGACGUGGACGUGGACGUGGACGUGGACGUGGAGGACGUGGACGUGGACGUGGACGUGGACGUGGAGAACUUGGACGUGGACAUGGACGUGAACGUGGACGUGGACAUCGACGUGGAGGACUUGGACGUGGACAUGGACGUGGACGACUUGGAAGUGGACGUGGACGUGGACGUGGACGUGGACGUGGACGUGGACGUGGACAUGGACGUGGACGUGGACGUGGACGUGGACGUGGACGUGGACGUGGACGUGGACGUGGACGUGGACGUGGACAUGGACGUGGACAUGGUCGUCGACGUGGACGUGGACGUGGACGUGGACAUGGACGUGGACGUGAACAAGACGUGGACGUGA